CACAUCUUUCGGAUGUACGCUUAAAAAAUUGAAGGUUAAUUUUUUUCAUCCAAGUAGUGAACAAUAAUUCUGUAGUGAAUUGAACAAUAAACCUGCGUUGCAUUUGAGAACAGUAUGGCGCAACCGAUGCAUAAUCCGGCAAAUUCUCAAAGCGGUGAUAAUGAUGAAAAAAGGGGAAAUGGGGAUAAAGUCUACCUCCGACGUCAAUUAACCGUCAUCGACGGCAUCGCCUUGACGGUCGGGAUCAUCAUCGGUUCGGGAAUCUUCAUAUCACCGGCGGGAAUCCUUCGCUAUACCGGCUCCAUCGGAUGGUCUCUUAUCAUGUGGAUCUUCUGCGGGUUGCUCUCGACGCUUGGCGCCUUGAGCUAUGCGGAGCUGGCCACCUCGUUUCCCGUCUCUGGAGGGGACUACUCCUACCUGCUGAUGUCCUUUGGUCCCAUUCCUGCGUUUCUGAGGAUGUAUACGCAGAUCGUGGCCUCAUUCAGUGGCAGCAACACUGUGUUAGCAUUAGCUGCAUCUUAUUACAUUGUCCUGCCUUUCUUUCCAGAUUGUGAAGUAUCCUACAAGAUCACAACCCUCAUGGCUGCCAGCCUCUUAUGUUUGACUUCAAUCGUCAACUGUUUUAGUAUCCCUCUGACUCGUGGUCUGAAUAUUCUGCUGACGAUUUGUAAGGUCCUUGGACUCAUCGUCAUCAUUGGCUUCGGGGUCGCAGAAAUAGCCAAAGGCAACACUGGGAAUCUGUCGAAUACGUUCACUUCUCCAGCUCUGUUCUCCACUUUUCCCCUCGCUGUCUAUUCUGGACUGUUUGCCUACUCGGGAUGGCAGAACUUGAUGUACAUAACGGAGGAGGUAGUUAACCCUUCCAAGACUGUCCCGUUGUCGAUUAGCAUUUCGAUGGUCUUCGUGACGGUCAUCUAUCUCCUAGUCAACAUCACAUAUUUCUUGAUUCUCUCCGAAGAUGAGAUCCUGACCUCGAAUGCCAUUGCUCUGGAUCUUGGCAGAAGAGUAAUGGGUCGAUGGUGGUGGACUUUAAGUCUUGUAGUCGCAAUGUCUAUCACAGGGUCCCUCAACGGCGGGUACCUAGCUCGCUCAAGAUUUUUCUAUGUAGCCUCUCGCGAGGGUCAUAUCCCAGAGAUCGCCUCCAUGAUGCACGUAAAUAGAAAGACACCCCUACCAGCGGCAGCCAUUUCGGUACCCAUUAGUCUCAUGAUGCUGGUGAGUAAUGAUGUGAACACUCUUAUCAACUACAUCAGCUUCUCCGAUUGGCUAUUCAGUGGUAUGGCUUGCCUUGUCGUCCCGUACUACAGAUGGAAACGUCCUGAGCUCAAACGACCCUUCAAAGUUCCGUUGGUGGUACCCAUCCUAUUCUCAUUGUGUUCUUUCUUCGUGGUCGGUAUGUCUCUGUACAGCAGCCCUGUCGAUUGUGCAAUCGGAUUGGCAAUCACAUUGACUGGAAUACCCGUUUACCUCAUCGGUGUAUGGUGGCAAAAUAAACCCUCUUGGAUCAACAAGGGUUUGGAUACGAUGACGAUAUUCUUGCAGCAGCUGCUAUAUGUAGUACCACAAGAAGACAUCGAGUUGUAAUCAACUGUCUACGACAUCGACUGUUUGAAGAUUCGUCUUCCGACAGACAGCUG